GGAGCUACCCACUCUGUGCGCGCUCCUGCUGCAGGGACCUCACGACCGGAGCCCGCUUGCCAGGGCUCAGCCACCGCCUCCAGGAAUCCAGGAACGGGAUCGGGGUCUCUCUCUGGACAGUCACCGGGACGUCGCCUGGCAUGGCAGUGCCGGGCAGCUGAAGACCUCUGACCCACAGGUUGGGACGUUGGAAGGAACGUUACGAAAGGCGUGGCAAGUGAGAAAAAAGGAAUUCCUGGGGCGGUUCCUGCCGGGACCAAAGUCCUAGAAAGAUGGAGAAGGAGGAAGAAGAUACCCGGGAGAUUCUCCUCCCGGACUGGCAAGGCAGCGGUUCUCACGGCAUCACCAUUGACCAGACAGACCAAGGCGUUUUUGUGAAACAGCUUCAGCAGGACUCCCCUGCGGCCAAAACGGGUGUCGUGAAGGAAGGCGAUCAGAUUGUGAGUGCCACCAUCUACUUUGACAACCUUCAGUCCGGAGAGGUGACAGAGCUCCUUAAAAAUGUGGGCCACCACACCGUCGGCCUCCGGCUGCAGAGGAAAGGGGACCGGUCUCCAUUACCAGGACAGUCUUGGUCUCAUGAUGUCUUUGUUCCAAGGAGUCCGGAGGUUGUACUGAGUGGGGAUGACGAAGAGUACAGACGCAUUUACACAACGAAAAUUAAGCCUCGCCUUAAAUCAGAAGAUGGUAUGGAAGUGGAGCAGGCAGGAACUCAGAGCCGAACCAUUACAGUCACCAAGAGAGUCACUGCUUACACGGUUGACGUCACUGGCCACGAAGGCGCCAAAGAGAUUGACAUCACCAGUCCAGAGUUUAAAAUCAAGAUUCCGAAACAUGAACUCACCCACGUUUCCAAAGCAGAGAUUGAAACGGAACCGGGGAAAACCGUCAUCAAGAUCCCGCACGUGGAUUUAUCGGGAAGAACCACCCAAGUCAAAGACUCCCAGGGAAGACCUGACGUUACAUAUUCCGGAGCAGCUGUGGAAUCGCCCUCCCGCAAGUUGGAGUUUGGCAUUCCUGAUAUCCACGUGGGAAUGCCUAAGGUGGGGAAAGAGGAUGUCUGUAUCUCUGGGCCUCAUGUUACAGGUGUAGAUCUGAGAGCUCAGACAGACUUUAAACCAGAAGGCCGAGAUGUUGGUUUCCAUGUUACAAGGCCUGAAAUAAAUGGGAAAACGGGAGGGGUUGCUGGGGUCCCGGGAGGUCUCUCAGGCCCUAAAAUACAAGGUGAUGUGGGAGGCUUCCAAACUGAUUGGUCAUUACCACACCUCAAGGGUCCUUCAGUUGCCAUUUCAGGGCCCCAAAUAAGUGGUGAAUUGAAAGGUCCCAAAGUGGUUGAAGGCAGCGUUAAAGCUCCAGAUGUUGACAUUGAAAGGAAAACAAAGGUUUCAUUUCCCGCCAUGAAAUUGCCCAAAUUUGGCAUAUCGUCUCCAGUUUGUGACGUUGAGGUUCCUCAGCUGGACGCAAGCGCGCCAUCCGGGAUGAUCAAAGGCCCGAAGUAUACAGUGGGAAGUCCUGGAAUUGCACAACCACAAGUAGACGUGGGCCUAAAAGGGCUGGACUUGAGGGGCGGUGUGAAGGUUUCCUCUCCAACACUGGAAGGCCCCAAGGUGGAUAUCAAAGGGCCUCAGGUGGAUGUUGGAGCCCCAGACAUUGGACUCGAAGGGGGUGAAGGAAAAGUUAAAAUACCCCACAUGAAACCUCCUAAGUUUUCUGCAUCAGGAUCUGCAGUGGACGUGACUGUUCCAAAGGGGGGAGUUGACAUCUCAGGACCUAAGGUGGAUCUACGUGCUCCAGAUGUGGCUCUUGAAGCACAUGUGAAAGGACCCAGGUUUGGCAAACCCCAAAUAGUUGGCCAGGUACCCCAAAUCUCUAUGUCAGAUGUGGACUUGAACCUUAAGGGCCAUAAAGUGAGAAGAGCCUUUUCAGGGCCAAAGCUAGAAGGUGACUUGAAAGGCCCCAGUGUGGACAUUAAAGGCCCCAAGCUAGACAUUGGAGCUCCUGAGUGUAGCUUAAAAGGCCCGGAAGUCUCAAUGCCAUCCUUGAAAACAUCACCAAUAGCAAUCGGUGUGCCAGACGUGGACUUAAACCUGAAGGGGACAAGACUAAAAGGUGACAUGGAUGUUUCUGUGCCAAAGCUAGAAGGUGGUCUCAAGGGCCCUCAGGUGGAUAUCAAAGGCCCCAAAGUGGACAUAGCUGCACCAGGCAUUGGCAUCAAAGGCCCUGCAGGACAUCUGAAAGGUCCUCAUGUCACGGUGCCAGAAAUGCAUGUCAAGUCUCCUCAAAUAUCCAUGCCGGACAUCGACGUGAACUUGAAAGGCCCCAAAACCAAGGGGGGUAUGGGUGUUUCCAUCCCGAAAGUGGAAGGAGAAUUAAAAGGUCCCGCUGUUGACAUCAAGGGCCCUACAUUGGACAUUGGCUCACCAGAUGUUGGACUUCACGGACCUGAACUCAAAAUGCCCAAAAUGAAAUUGCCUAAAUUCAGCUUGAAAGGCGAAGUUCCUGAUGUGGACGUCAGCCUUCCAAAGGGCAGCGUUGACGUUUCAGGCCCGAAAUUAGACAUCGAAGCUCCAACUGUGGACAUCAAAGGCCCUGGAGGACAUCUGAAAGGUCCUCAUGUCAAGAUGCCAGAAAUGCAUGUCAAGACUCCUCAAAUAUCCAUGCCGGACAUUGACCUGAAUUUGAAAGGCCCCAAAACCAGGGGGGGUAUGGGAGUUUCCAUUCCGAAAGUGGAAGGAGAAUUAAAGGGUCCAGCUGUUGACAUCAAGGGCCCUAAAUUGGACAUUGGUGCACCAGAUGUUGGACUUCACGGACCUGAACUCAAAAUGCCCAAAAUGAAAUUGCCUAAAUUCAGCUUGAAAGGCGAAGUUCCUGAUGUGGACGUCAGUCUUCCAAAGGGCAGCGUUGACAUUUCAAGCCCGAAAUUAGAUAUUGAAGCUCCAACUUUGGACAUCAAAGGCCCCGGAGGACAAUUGAAAGGUCCUCAUGUCAAGAUGCCUGAAUUAAAUAUCCAGGCACCAAAGAUCUCUGUGCCAGAUGUGGACUUGAACCUGAAGGGGCCAAAACUAAAAGGUGACAUGGAUGUUUCUGUGCCAAAGAUAGAAGGUGGCCUCAAGGGCCCCCAAAUGGAUAUCAAAGGCCCCAAAGUGGACAUAGCUGCACCCAGUAUUGGCAUCAAAGGCCCCGGAGGACUGAAAGGUCCUCAUGUCAAGGUGCCAGAAAUGCAUGUCAAGACUCCUCAAAUUUCCAUGCCAGACAUUGACCUGAACUUGAAAGGCCCCAAAAUCAAGGGGGACAUGGGUGUUUCCAUUCCGAAAGUGGAAGGAGAAUUAAAGGGUCCAGCUGUUGACAUCAAGGGCCCUAAAUUGGACAUUGGCUCACCAGAUGUUGGACUUCAUGGACCUGAACUCAAAAUGCCCAAAAUGAAAUUGCCUAAAUUCAGCUUGAAAGGCGAAGUUCCUGAUGUGGACGUCAGUCUUCCAAAGGGCAGCGUUGACAUUUCAGGCCCUAAAUUAGACAUCGAAGCUCCAACUGUGGACAUCAAAGGCCCUGGAGGACAUCUGAAAGGUCCCCAUAUCAAGAUGCCAGAAAUGCAUGUCAAGUCUCCUCAAAUUUCCAUGCCGGACGUUGACCUGAACUUGAAAGGCCCCAAAAUCAAGGGGGACAUGGGUGUUUCCAUCCCAAAAGUGGAAGGAGAAUUAAAGGGUCCAGCUGUUAACAUCAAGGGCCCUACAUUGGACAUUGGCUCACCAGAUGUUGGACUUCACGGACCUGAACUCAAAAUGCCCAAAAUGAAAUUGCCUAAAUUCAGCUUGAAAGGCGAAGUUCCUGAUGUGGACGUCAGCCUUCCAAAGGGCAGCGUUGACAUUUCAGGCCCGAAAUUAGACAUCGAAGCUCCAGCUGUGGACAUCAAAGGCCCUGGAGGACAUCUGAAAGGUCCUCAUGUCAAGAUGCCAGAAAUGCAUGUCAAGACUCCUCAAAUAUCCAUGCCGGACAUUGACCUGAAUUUGAAAGGCCCCAAAACCAGGGGGGGUAUGGGAGUUUCCAUUCCGAAAGUGGAAGGAGAAUUAAAGGGUCCAGCUGUUGACAUCAAGGGCCCUAAAUUGGACAUUGGCGCACCAGAUGUUGGACUUCACGGACCUGAACUCAAAAUGCCCAAAAUGAAAUUGCCUAAAUUCAGCUUGAAAGGCGAAGUUCCUGAUGUGGACGUCAGCCUUCCAAAGGGCAGUGUUGACAUUUCAGGCCCUCAGGUCGACUUUGAAGCACCAGGAUUGAACAUUGAAGGCCCAGAAGGCAAAAUUAAAGGUUCCAAAUUCAAGAUGCCUGAAAUGCACAUUAAAACUCCUAAACUUUCCAUGCCAGACGUCGACUUGAACUUGAAAGGGCCUAAAGUGAAAGGAGACUUUGAUGUUUCCGUGCCAAAAGUAGAAGGUGACUUGAAAGGUCCUGGGAUUGAUAUCAAGGGGCCCAAGCUUGAUGUUGAUGUUCCAGAUGUUGAACUUCAUGGUCCCGAAGGAAAAUUGAAGAUGCCCAAAAUGAAAAUGCCGAAAUUUGGAAUGCCAGGCUUCAAAGGGGAAGGUCCUGAUGUGGACGUCAGCCUGCCGAAGGGUGAUAUUAACCUUUCAGGUCCCAAGCUAGACAUUGAAGCUCCUGGACUAGACAUUGAAGGGCCUGAGGGAAAAAUUAAAGGCCCCAAAUUCAAGAUGCCAGAAAUGCAUAUGAAAACGCCUAAAAUCUCCAUGCCAGACAUUGAUCUAAACCUAAAAGGGCCCAAAGUGAAGGGCGAUGUGGAUGUUUCUGUUCCAAAAAUAGAGGGAGGCUUCAAAGGCCCUGCUGUUGACAUCAAAGGCCCCAGAAUGGACAUUGACGUACCUGACGUUGACCUUCAUGGGCCCGAAGGGAAAUUGAAAAUGCCCAAAUUCAAAAUGCCCAAAUUUGGAAUGCCCGGCUUCAAAGCAGAAGGCCCAGACGUGGACGUAAACCUUCCAAGGGCAGAUGUUGAUGUUUCUAUGCCCAAAGUAGAUAUUGAAGCUCCAAGUUUGGACGUCGAAUGCCCAGAAGGAAAAGUGAAAGGGCCCAAGUUUAAGAUGCCGGACUUGAGCAUCCACGCCCCGAAGAUCUCUAUGCCAGAUGUGAACCUGAAAGGACCCAAGUGGAAGGGCGAUGUGGAUAUUUCUGGACCGAAGCUAGAAGGCGAACUCAAAGGGCCUCAUGUCAACAUUGAGGGCCCUAAAUUGGAUGUUGAUGUUCCUGAUGUCGAUCUGGAAGGUCCUGAAGGGAAAAUCAAAGGUUCCAAAUUCAAGAUGCCAAAACUGAAUAUUAAAACUCCUAAACUCUCCAUGCCAGAUGUAAACCUGGAUCUAAAGGUCCCCAAAAUGAAGGGUGAAAUGGAUUUGACUGUUCCAACGGUUGAGGGUGAUCUGAAAGGACCCAGCAUUGAUGUAAAGGGCCCGAAGCUUGAUGUAGACCUCCCAGAUGUUGAUCUCGAAGGUCCGGAUGCCAAGUUGAAGAUGCCCAAAAUGAAGCUACCGAAGUUUGGGAUGCCUGGGUUCAAAGGGGAAGGUCCUGAUGUUGACAUAAGCCUUCCCAAGGGAGAUUUUGAAGUUUCAGGACCAAACCUGGAUGUUGAAGGCCCGGAAGGCAAAUUGAAAGGCCCCAAGUUUAAAAUGCCUGAAAUGCAUUUCAAAACACCCAAAAUCUCCAUGCCAGAUAUUGACUUAAAUUUGAAAGGACCCAAGCUAAAAGGGGAUGUUGAUGUUUCCGUCCCGAAACUAGAAGGGGAACUCAAGGGCCCCAACGUUGACAUCAAAGGCCCCGCAUUAGACCUCAGUGGUCCAGAUGCGGAUUUUCAGACUGAAGGGAAACUGAAAAUGCCCAAACUGAAGAUGCCACACUUUAGUGUCUCGGGCCCCAAACUUGAAGGCCCUGACGUAGAUCUGAGCUUGCCAAAAGGAGAUAUUGACAUUGCAGGUCCAAAGAUUGACGUGGACGCACCGGAAUUUGAUAUUGAAGGCCCCGAAGGGAAGCUGAAAGGUUCAAAGUUUAAGAUGCCAAAACUAAAUAUCAAAGCACCAAAGAUCUCCAUGCCGGAUGUCGACCUUCACCUGAAGGGCCCUGGAACGAGAGGGGAGAUGGAUGUAACUGUUCCAAAUAUUGAAGGCCCAGAUGUGGAUAUCAAAGGACCCAAAUUGGACAUUGAGGCACCUGAUGUUGAGCUCCAUGGACCAGAAGGGAGACUGAAGAUGCCAAAAUUCAAAAUGCCCAAGUUUGGAAUGCCUGGAUUCAAAGGAGAAGGUCCAGAUGUGGAUUUAAGCCUCCCUAAAGCAGACCUCGACGUUUCUGUCCCAAAAGUUGAUGUUGAAGCACCAAGUUUGGACAUUGAAGGCCCAGAAGGAAAACUGAAAGGGCCGCGGUUUAAGAUGCCUGAGAUGCAUAUCAAAGCUCCAAAGAUAUCUAUGCCAGAUGUUGAUUUGAACCUGAAAGGCCCCAAAAUCAAGGGUGAUGUAGAUGUCUCCGUUCCCAAACUGGAAGGUGAUUUGAAAGGGCCGCAAAUUGAUAUCAAAGGUCCGAAACUGGAUAUUGAUGCUCCAGAUGUUGACCUUCAUGGGCCAGAAGGGAGACUAAAAAUGCCCAAAUUCAAAAUGCCCAAAUUUGGAAUGCCUGGAUUCAAAGGGGAAGGUCCAGAUGUGGAUAUAAGUCUUCCCAAAGCAGACCUUGACGUCUCUGUUCCAAAAGUUGAUGUGGAAGCACCAAGUUUGGACAUUGAAGGCCCAGAAGGAAAACUGAAAGGGCCGCGGUUUAAGAUGCCUGAGAUGCAUAUCAAAGCACCCAAAAUCUCCAUGCCGGACUUUGACUUGAAUUUGAAAGGUCCCAAAAUGAAGGGUGACGUGGAUGUGUCUGUACCAAAGUUGGAAGGUGAUCUGAAGGGUCCAGACUUUGACAUCAAAGGUCCAAAACUAGACGUAGAUGUUCCCAACGUUGAACUUGAAGGUCCUGAAGGGAAGUGGAAAACCCCCAAAUUUAAGAUGCCUGAGAUGAACAUCAAAGCACCCAAAAUCUCCAUGCCUGAUGUGGAUUUCAAUCUCAAAGGCCCCAAAAUGAAAGGAGAACUGGAUGUUUCUGUACCGAAGCUAGAAGGUGACCUGAAAGGCCCAGAUGUUGAUAUCAAGGGCCCCAAAUUGGACAUUGAUGCUCCUGAUGUUGAGAUUGAAGGCCCUGAUGGAAAGUGGAAGGGUCCUAAGUUUAAGAUGCCAGACAUGCAUUUCAAAGCACCCAAAAUCUCCAUGCCGGACUUUGACUUGAAUUUGAAAGGUCCCAAAGUGAAGGGUGACAUGGAUGUGUCCGUACCAAAGUUGGAAGGUGAUCUGAAGGGUCCGGACUUUGAUAUCAAGGGCCCCAAAGUUGGUGUUGAUAUUCCUGAUGUUGAUCUGGAAGGACCUGAAGGAAAACUGAAAGGGCCCAAAUUUAAGAUGCCUGAAAUGCAUUUCAAUGUUCCUAAAAUCUCUAUGCCGGACAUCGACUUGAACUGGAGAGGGCCUAAAAUCAAAGGCGAUGCUGAUAUUUCUGUCCCAAAACUGGAGGGAGACUUGAAAGGCCCAGAUGUUGAUAUCAAGGGUCCAAAACUGGAUGUUGAUGUUCCUGAUGUUGAUAUUGAAGGUCCUGAUGGGAAAUGGAAGAGUCCCAAAUUUAAAAUGCCUGAAAUGAACAUAAAAGCACCCAAAAUCUCCAUGCCAGAUUUUGACCUGAACUUGAAGGCUCCCAAAAUGAAAGGGAAUGUUGAUGUUUCUGUGCCACAGUUAGAGGGAGAUCUCAAAGGACCAGAUGUUGAUAUUAAAGGCCCCAAAUUAGACAUUGAUGCUCCUGACAUAAAUAUAGAGGGUCCGGAAGGGAAAUGGAAAACCCCCAAAUUUAAGAUGCCUGAAAUGCACAUUAAGGCUCCCAAAAUCUCCAUGCCGGACAUUGAUUUGAACCUGAAAGGCCCUAAACUGAAGGGGGAUGUUGACCUUUCAGUUCCAACGCUGGAAGGUGACCUGAAAGGCCCAGAUGUUGAUAUCAAGGGCCCCAAAUUGGACAUUGAUGCUCCUGAUGUUGAAAUUGAAGGCCCUGAUGGAAAGUGGACGGGUCCUAAAUUUAAAAUGCCUGAUAUGCAUUUCAAAGCACCCAAAAUCUCCAUGCCAGAUUUUGACUUGAAUUUGAAAGGUCCCAAGGUGAAGGGUGAUGUGGAUGUGUCCGUACCAAAGUUGGAAGGUGAUCUGAAGGGUCCGGACUUUGAUAUCAAAGGGCCGAAACUAGACGUAGAUGUUCCUGAUGUUGAACUUGAAGGUCCAGAAGGGAAGUGGAAAACCCCCAAAUUUAAGAUGCCUGAAAUGAACAUUAAAGCCCCCAAGAUUUCCAUGCCAGAUGUAAAUUUGAACCUGAAAGGCCCCAAAUGGAAAGGAGAUGUAGAUGUUUCACUACCGAAGGCAGAAGGCCCUGACAUAGAUAUCAAAGGCCCCAAAUUGGACAUUGAGACACCAGAUGUUGACUUGCAUGGUCCAGAGGGGAAGCUGAAAAUGCCCAAAUUUAAAAUGCCCAAAUUUGGAAUGCCUAGUUUCAAAGGAGAAGGCCCUGAACUGGACGUAACUCUCCCAAAGGGAGAUAUUGACCUAUCUGCUCCAAAGGUGAACAUCGAAGGUCCUGAAUUAGACUUUGAAGGUCCUGAAGGCAAAAUUAAAGGCCCCAAGUUUAAGAUGCCUGAUAUGCACAUCAAGACGUCUAAGAUCUCCAUGCCAGAUGUUGACUUGAAUUUGAAGGGUCCGAAACUGAAGGGCGAUGUGGAUGUUUCGCUACCAAAAGUUGAAGGUGAAUUCAAAGGGCCUGACUUUGACAUCAAAGGCCCCAAGUUAGACAUUGACACUCCAGAUGUUGACCUUCAUGGCCCAGAGGGCAAGCUCAAACUGCCCAAAUUUAAAAUGCCCAAGUUUGGAAUGCCUGGUUUUAAAGGAGAAGGUCCUUCAGUGGAUGUGAAUUUACCCAAGGAAGAGAUGGAUAUUUCUGGUCCCAAACUAGAUAUUGAAACGCCUGAUUUUGAAAUUGAAGGCCCUGAAGGGAAAUUAAAGGGCCCCAAGUUUAAGAAGCCUGAAAUGCAUUUUAACGUUCCCAAAAUCUCAAUGCCAGACAUUGACUUGAAUUUGAAAGGUCCAAAAUUUAAGGGAGAUUUAGAAGGUGACAUUAAAGGUCCUAAGGUUGAAUUGAAAGGACCUGAUGUUGACCUGGAGAUGCCAAAGGUUGAUAUUGAAGCAAAACCAAAGAAAUCAAGAUUUAAACUUCCAAAGUUCAAUUUUUCUGGCCCCAAAGUCCAUACUCCAGAAGUUGAUGUGAAACUCAAGAAACCAGAUAUUGAUAUCUCAGGACCCAAAGUUGAUGUUCAGGGUCCAGAUGUUGACAUCCAGGGGAAAGCAAAAGGUCCUAAAUUCAAAAUGCCUUCCUUGAACAUUUCAUCACCUAAAGUUUCGAUGCCUGAUGUGGAAUUAAAUUUGAAAGGGCCAAAAUUGAAGGGUGACCUGGAUGUUUCUGUUCCAAGCCUGGAAGGAGAUUUGAAGGGGCCUGACCUUGACAUCAAAGGCCCCAAGUUGGACAUUGAUGCUCCAGAUGUUGAUCUCCAUGGACCAGAGGGCAAACUCAAAAUGCCUAAAUUUAAAAUGCCCAAAUUCGGAGUGCCAGGAAUCAAAGCCGAGGGCCCUGAGGUAGAUGUAAACCUCCCCAAAGCAGACAUUGAUAUUUCAGGCCCGAAAAUGGACAUUGAAAUGCCAGACUUGGAAAUAGAAGGACCAGAGGGCAAGAUCAAAGGCCCCAAAUUUAAGAUGCCAGACAUGCAUUUUAAUGUUCCCAAGAUUUCAAUGCCCGAUAUAGAUAUAAACUUAAAAGGCCCUAAAAUGAAAGGAGACAUUGAUGUUUCAGUUCCCAAACUGGAAGGCGACCUGAAAGGCCCAGAUUUUGAUAUCAAGGGCCCCAAAUUGGACAUUGAUGCUCCUGAUGUUGAGAUUGAAGGCCCUGAUGGAAAGUGGAAGGGUCCUAAAUUUAAAAUGCCUGACAUGCAUUUCAAAUCACCCAAAAUCUCCAUGCCAGACUUUGACUUGAAUUUGAAAGGUCCCAAAGUGAAGGGUGACGUGGAUGUGUCCAUACCAAAGUUGGAAGGUGAUCUGAAGGGUCCAGACUUUGACAUCAAAGGGCCAAAACUAGACGUAGAUGUUCCUGAUGUUGAACUUGAAGGUCCAGAAGGAAAGUGGAAAGGCCCUAAGUUUAGGAUGCCUGAGAUGAACAUCAAAGCACCCAAAAUCUCCAUGCCUGAUGUGGAUUUCAAUCUCAAAGGGCCCAAAAUGAAAGGAGAUCUGGAUGUUUCAGCACCAGGGUUGGAAGGCGAUUUGAAAGGGCCUGAAAUUGACAUCAAAGGUCCAAAACUGGAUAUUGAUGCUCCAGAUGUUGACCUUCAUGGCCCAGAAGGCAAACUCAAAAUGCCCAAGUUCAAGAUGCCCAAGUUUGGAAUGCCGGGCUUCAAAGGGGAAGGCCCAGAUGUGGACGUAAGCCUCCCCAAAGCAGACAUUGACGUUUCUCUUCCCAAAGUAGACAUUGCCGCACCAAGCUUGGAUGUAGAAGGCCCAGAAGGAAAGGUGAAGGGCCCUAAGUUUAAGAUGCCGGACAUGCAUUUCAAGACACCUCACAUCUCCAUGCCGGACAUUGAUUUGAACCUGAAAGGCCCUAAACUGAAGGGGGAUGUUGACCUUUCAGUUCCCAAACUGGAAGGCGACCUGAAAGGCCCAGAUGUUGAUAUCAAGGGCCCCAAAUUGGACAUCGAUGCUCCUGAUGUUGAGAUUGAAGGCCCUGAUGGAAAGUGGAAGGGUCCUAAGUUUAAGAUGCCUGACAUGCAUUUCAAAUCACCCAAAAUCUCCAUGCCGGACUUUGACUUGAAUUUGAAAGGUCCCAAAGUGAAGGGUGAUGUGGAUGUGUCCGUACCAAAGUUGGAAGGUGAUCUGAAGGGUCCGGACUUUGAUCUCAAAGGUCCAAAACUAGACGUAGAUGUUCCCGAUGUUGAACUUGAAGGUCCAGAAGGAAAGUGGAAAACCCCCAAAUUUAAGAUGCCUGAGAUGAACAUCAAAGCACCCAAAAUCUCCAUGCCUGAUGUGGAUUUCAAUCUCAAAGGCCCCAAAAUGAAAGGAGAAUUGGAUGUUUCAGCACCAGGGUUGGAAGGUGAUUUGAAAGGACCCAACAUCGACAUCAAAGGUCCAAAACUGGAUAUUGAUGCUCCAGAUGUUGACCUUCAUGGGCCAGAAGGGAAAUUCAAAAUGCCCAAGUUCAAGAUGCCCAAGUUUGGAAUGCCGGGCUUCAAAGGAGAAGGCCCAGAUGUGGACGUAAGCCUCCCCAAAGCAGACAUUGACGUUUCUCUUCCCAAAGUAGACAUUGCCGCACCAAGCUUGGAUGUAGAAGGCCCAGAAGGAAAGCUGAAAGGCCCUAAGUUUAAGAUGCCGGACAUGCAUUUCAAGACACCUCACAUCUCCAUGCCGGACAUUGAUUUGAACCUGAAAGGCCCUAAACUGAAGGGGGAUGUUGACCUUUCAGUUCCCAAGCUGGAAGGUGACCUGAAAGGCCCAGAUGUUGAUAUCAAGGGCCCCAAAUUGGACAUCGAUGCUCCUGAUGUUGAGAUUGAAGGCCCUGAUGGAAAGUGGAAGGGUCCUAAGUUUAAGAUGCCUGAUAUGCAUUUCAAAUCACCCAAAAUCUCCAUGCCGGAUUUUGACUUGAAUUUGAAAGGUCCCAAAUUGAAGGGUGAUGUGGAUGUGUCCGUACCAAAGUUGGAAGGUGAUCUGAAGGGUCCGGACUUUGACAUCAAAGGUCCAAAACUAGACGUAGAUGUUCCCGAUGUUGAACUUGAAGGUCCAGAAGGAAAGUGGAAAGGCCCUAAGUUUAAGAUGCCUGAGAUGAACAUCAAAGCACCCAAAAUCUCCAUGCCUGAUGUGGAUUUCAAUCUCAAAGGCCCCAAAAUGAAAGGAGAACUGGACGUUUCAGCACCAGGGUUUGAAGGUGAUUUGAAAGGACCCAACAUCGACAUCAAAGGUCCAAAACUGGAUAUAGAUGCUCCAGAUGUUGACCUUCAUGGGCCAGAAGGGAAGUUCAAAAUGCCCAAGUUCAAAAUGCCCAAGUUUGGAAUGCCGGGCUUCAAAGGGGAAGGCCCAGAUGUGGACGUAAGCCUCCCCAAAGCAGACCUCGACGUUUCUCUUCCCAAAGUAGACAUUGCUGCACCAAGCUUGGAUGUAGAAGGCCCAGAAGGAAAGCUGAAAGGCCCUAAGUUUAAGAUGCCAGACAUGCACUUCAAGACCCCCAAAAUCUCUAUGCCUGAUGUGGAUUUCAAUCUGAAAGGCCCCAAAAUGAAAGGAGAUCUGGAUGUUUCAGCACCAGGGUUGGAAGGUGAUUUGAAAGGGCCUGAAAUUGACAUCAAAGGUCCAAAACUGGAUAUUGAUGCUCCUGAAGUUGAGAUUGAAGGCCCUGAUGGAAAGUGGAAGGGUCCUAAGUUUAAGAUGCCUGAUAUGCAUUUCAAAUCACCCAAAAUCUCCAUGCCGGAUUUUGACUUGAAUUUGAAAGGUCCCAAGGUGAAGGGUGACGUGGAUGUAUCCGUACCAAAGUUGGAAGGCGAUCUGAAAGGCCCGGACUUUGACAUCAAAGGUCCAAAACUAGACGUAGAUGUUCCCGACGUUGAACUUGAAGGUCCAGAAGGAAAGUGGAAAGGCCCUAAGUUUAAGAUGCCCGAGAUGAACAUCAAAGCUCCGAAAAUCUCCAUGCCAGAUGUUGACUUCAACUUAAAGGGCCCAAAACUGAAGGGAGAUAUGGAUGUGGAUGUAUCUGUCCCUAAGAUAAGUGGUGAUUUGAAGGGACCAAGUGUUGAUAUAAAAGGCCCCAAAAUGGAUGUUGAAGUACCUGAUGUUGAGUUGGAAUGUCCUGAAGGAAAACUCAAAGGUCCCAAGUUUAAGAUGCCUGAAAUGCAUUUUAAAACCCCCAAAAUUUCCAUGCCAGAUUUUGACUUGAACCUCAAAGGUCCCAAGGUGAAAGGUGACAUGGAUGUGUCCGUACCAAAGUUGGAAGGCGAUCUGAAAGGCCCGGACUUUGACAUCAAAGGUCCAAAACUAGACGUAAACGUUCCCGACGUUGAACUUGAAGGCCCAGAAGGAAAGUUGAAAGGCCCUAAAUUUAAGAUGCCUGAAAUGCACAUCAAAGCACCCAAAAUAUCUAUGCCUGAUGUGGAUUUCAAUCUCAAAGGACCUCAUAUGAAAGGUGACCUGAAUGUUUCUGGACCAAAAUUUGAAGGGGAUUUGAAAGGCCCCGAAAUUGACAUCAAAGGCCCUAAACUGGACAUUGAUGCUCCUGAUGUCGAUAUUCAUGGUCCAGAUGGAAAAAUAAAGUUUCCCAAGAUGAAGCUACCCAAAUUUGGCAUGCCUGGAUUCAAAGGAGAAGGACCUCAUGUAGAUGUAAAUCUACCCAAAGGAGACUUUGAAUUAUCAGGUCCGGCAGUCAACGUUGAAGCACCCAGCUUGGACAUUGAAGGGCCAGAAGGAAAACUGAAAGGCCCCAAGGUCAAGAUGCCAGAAAUGCACUUCAAGACCCCUCAAAUCACCAUGCCAGAGAUCGACUUAAAUCUGAAAGGACACAAAAUGAAAGGCGAGGUUGACGUCUCUGCUCCCAAGAUUGAAGGCAACUUAAAAGGCCCAGAGCUUGACUUAGAGUGUCCAGAUAUGAAUAUCGAAGGGCCAGAGGGCAGUGUUAAACUUCCCAAGUUUAAGAUGCCAAAAUUUGGAUUUGGAGCAAAAAGCCCCAAGGCAGAUGUGAAAUCUCCCAACCUGGAUGUUUCUCUUCCAGAAGGCGAAUUGAACGUGGAGUCACCUGACAUUGCUAUUUCUGGGAAAGGGAAGAAAAGCAAAUUUAAAAUGCCCAAACUCCACAUGAGCGGACCUAAAAUUAAAGGCAAGAAGGGUGGAUUUGACGUGAGUGGAGAGAUGGAUGCAAGUGUGAAAGCGCCGGAUUUGGAAGGAAGCCUUUCCACCCCUGACCCAACGCUGAAAGGAGAUAUGAACAUCAAGUCACCGAAGGGUAAGAUGUUUGGGAAAAUCUCCUUUCCCGAUGUUGAGUUUGAUAUCAAAUCGCCAAAGUUCAAGGGUGACGCUUCUUUGCCCAAGGUGGAAGGAGAAAUCAGAGCACCAGACAUUGACGUUUCGUCACCAAAUCUCAAAGCACCAGGCCUUGACAUCACGGUGCCCGGUGGGAGCGCCAGUCUCCCUGACGUCCACAUUGGCGGUCCGGACGUCGGUCUUAAGAAACCCAAGUUCAAACUCUCAAGUGGAAAUGUUGAUCUGGCCUGUCCCACAUUGGAAGGAGAUUUUAAGGGACCCGGUAUUGAUGCAAACGUUAGCGCUCCUGACAUCAGCCUGAAAGGUCCCUCCAUGAAUCUGCCGUCUGUGGAUAUUUCUGCUCCUUCUCUCUCAGCCCCUGAGCUCGACGUCAACUUGAAAGGACCAAAGCUGAAAGGCGGUGUCGACCUUCCCAAAGCAGAACUGCAAGGCCCGGAAGGAAAAAUGAAAUUCCCCAAAUUCAGUUUGCCCAAAAUUGGGAAGCCAGGCGUGAAACUGGAAGGGCCUGAUGUCGACCUUCAAGGACAAUUGCCAUCGGCGGGUAUCGAUGUUUCGGGCCCAAGUCUCGGGGGAGGUGUGAGCGUUCCUGCAGUUGACGUAAGCUUGAAAGGACCAAAAUUAGGAGGAGACUUGGGUCUUUCUGGUGAUGUUAAAGGCCCGAAGAUCGGAUUCGGCACACCAGAUGUUGACAUCGGUAGUUUUGAAGGGAAGCUGAAGAUGCCAAAGACCCCAGGUCUAGAUGUCAACAUGAGUGCUCCAGACCUAGACGUGAAAGGGCCAGCCGUGAAAAUGACUUCUGGAGGAGGCAUUUCUGCACCUGAGUUUGAUGUGAAUCUGAAAGGACCAAAGAUCAAAGGAGAUCUCGGCAUGUCCGGCGGCAUUACGUCACCCAACGUCAACUUGGAAGGUUCUGGAGGUGGAAUUAAACUUCCUUGCAUGAAGAUCCCCCAGUUUGGCAUCUCCGGCCCUCAUGUUGAAGGAGUGGAUAUUUCAGGACCGCAGAUCAAAGGAGAUCUCGGCAUGUCCGGCGGCAUUACGUCUCCCAAGGUGGCUGUCGACGCACCCAACGUCAACUUGGAAGGUUCUGGAGGUGGAAUUAAGCUUCCUUGCAUGAAGAUCCCCCAAUUUGGCAUCUCCAGCUCUCAUUGUGAAGGAGCGGAUAUUUCAGGGCCACAGAUCAAAGGACCUGAAGUAGAUUUCAGAGGGCCUAACGUCUCUGCCCCAGACUUUGACUUGAACGUGAAAGGACCAAGUUUGAAGGGUGAUGCUCAUUUUGCUGGUGAUCUGAAAGGUCAACAAAUCAGAGUGGGACUACCGGGUGUGAAAAUGUCUGGCAUGGAUUUGGACGCUGGUGCGCCUGAUGUUAGCUUGAGAGGACCUUCACUCAACAUGUCAGCUCCCAAAGUUUCUGGACCAGACUUUGACGUCAGUCUAAAAGGGCCGAAGGUUGAUAUUUCUAGAGAUGUCAAAAGUCCAGAACUAAAUGUUGGCAUCCAAGGGGCAGGUGGUCUUCAGUUUUCUGGACCAAAGGCAGGGGGUGAUCUCAAAGGGCCUAAAUUAGAGCUCAAAGGUCCUUCCUUUGGGGUGAAUGUUCCACAAGGCCACUUAGAAAGUCCAUCUGGGACAGUUUCAUUCCCGAAGAUGAAAUUACCAAAAUUUGUGGUUUCUGGGCAAGAGCUAACAGGUAGGGAAGUUGGCGUUGACGUUGAGUUUCCUCAGGUUCCAGAAGCGAGCCUCCACGCUGGGGCAGUGAAUGUUGAACUGGAAGAGCCUGACAUUAAACUUAAGAAAUCUAAAAUUAAAAUGCCAAAGUUUGCAUUUUCAAAACCGAAGGCCAAAGGCAGUGUGGGCUCCUCAGAGGUCUCCGCGUCUGUUACGGGGUGUGAAGGGGAGUUAAAAGCGAGUCUUGGUUCCUUGGAGGGUGAUUUGGAAGUAGGUGAAGGGUCCGCCUCUCCGAAAGGGAAGUUCUCCUUCUUUAAGACCAAAAAGUCCCGGCACCGGUCUUCGUCCUUCAGCGACGAACACUCGUCUCACUCGACGCCGACCGGCACGCUGGAGCGUGAGGGAGACAAAGGCAAACACGCCAAACUGAAAUUUGGUACCUUUGGAGGGAUAGGGUCAAAAACCAAAGGGUCUUAUGAGGUAACGGGAAGUGACGACGAGGCAGGAAAGGCGCAAGGGAGUGGGGCCUCAAAGCAGUCGCGCCUGUCGUCUUCUUCGAGUAACGACAGCGCGACGAAAGCCGGUAUCCGAAUGCCGACGGUCGAGUUGACCGUGGCAAAGAAGAAAGAGUAAAAUGGAAAACUCUCAUGUACAUAUUGUCCCUGUGUAUAUAUCUCUCUCUCUCUUUCUCUUCCCCCUUUCCGUGCUUGUAUAUAAAUUUCCUGGCUUGAAAUACUCAGCAAUAAAACAGGCGAAGCCCCGUGAAAUAGUAGGCCUUAACCGAAAAACGACUCAUGUUUUACUGUGAUCAGGGAGGGCUCUCCUUCCGUCGAUAUCCAUAUAUAUCUGACAGAAACGGAUACAGCUACUGUUUGGGUGAAAGCCUCAAGCAAUGACGUGGCAGUGAAAGCUUUAGGGAUAUCCCAGAAUGCAGUCCUGCUUCCCACAAUGCACUGCGGCUAUAAGAACGCUUGAGUUGCACCAAGUUAAAGCCAAACGGAAAUUAAACGUAGCAAUACAUCCCCCGAAAUCGAGCUGCUUAGUGAAUCGGCUGUAUUUGUUUGAAUGAAUCAGUAAAGUUUUUGCUGGGGCUAUUGCUGAGUGAAGGGCAGUUUUUAUUGACUACCGAUAAAAAGAAGAAGAGCCUGGAUUUUAUGUGAUAUUUAAAAGCUGUGCCAUACGGAAGAUGGGUGUACAGUUCUUCAAACGUCUUUUGAAAAGUUUUAUCUUGCGUUCAGGCUAAGGGUUUGCGCUUCGUACGCUGAGAGCUAUACGUUUACUUAAGCAAGCUUUCGAAUAUAUAUAAAUAUAUAUAUAUAUACUUUUCAAUUUGCUGGUUAUUUUCAGUGUUGAUCUAUGGGAACGUGUCCAUCUUAACUACUUUUGGUUUGCUUUUAUCUGCAAGGGGAGGGCUAAAGUUUGUAUGGUUUAAAAAGCGGAUCUAUUAAAAAAGAAGAAAACACUGUAAAAUAUAUAUAGAUGCAACAGAGAUGUGUGAAAGUUGGCAUUUCACAUAAAGUCUUACGUUACCGCAAAAGUCAAAAGAGGAGAGUCAAACUUCAAAUGAGGGACAGGAAA